AUGGCCCCCGCCAAGUGGCUGAUGCACUGGCACCCGAACCCUGGGGUGACGCUCAACACCCAGAUCCUGUCGGAGGCCUGCGGCUGCGCGGAGUCCCUCGGCGGCACCAAGGACGGCCGCUGGAAGACCUCCAUCAUCUUCUACCGCCCGAUGACGCGGGACGGCGCGGGCGGGGCGCAGCAGAACCUGCCCCCCGACGUGCCCCGCGAGCUCCUCGGCGUCGCGCUCCACGAGCGCCCCGGGCUCUACUUCUCCAUCCUCCGGAACCAGCGCCUCGUCCUGCAGGCGGACGCUGCCUUCUCCCAGGUCAUGGAGAAGCUCCAGUCCUUCAAGGCCCGCGUCAACCUCAACUUCGAGGGAUUCCAGUAUCAACUGGGUGACUUUUGCUUGAGGAUAGGAAAAUGUGUUCCUAACAAUACUGAAACACUGAGAGGAAUCAUGAUGGAGGUAGAGUAUUACCCCCUGUCUUCUAUCGAAAAGUCCAGGGCAAUUAUGGUAGACUUCUUUGACAUAUGGCAGGAAACACUCGCAAAGAAGUCGCUGCCUGGUCGAUUCAUCCAUGUAGAAUCUAAUUUCGCAGAGUAUGGCCUUUCCGACCAUUACUCUUUCCAGCACACCGCAGUUCAGUACGCUACCUGCUUGCAACAACUCAUGGCAGCUGUGAGGGCUUAG